UUUUAUUACAGUGCCUCUGAGGAUUAUAUAAGCCUUUGUGACGAGCAAAACCACAACAGCUCAACUGACUCCAGACGACACAACAGGUCAGAUCGGUGAAGCAGAAAUGGUGUCAGUCAAGGUGACGGUAACACUGGUUCUACUUUAUGCUCUGGCUGUAGACGAGUUCACAGCGUAUCCUGAAUGCUGUCGAAGAUACAUAAAAGGCAAAUUAAGAUGGGAGACUAUUAAGGGUUACUCGGUGCAGCCCGCUACAGAGAUGUGCCCAAUCAAUGCCAUCAUUUUCCACACAAAGAUGGGAAAAGUGUGCACUGAUCCUGCUCUGAACUGGGUGAUAGGUUAUGUCAGUCGCAUCAGGUUUGAAGCACAGAAACUUCAUCAGAAAGCACAAGCAUUAAAGUAGACACCACAGAAGAAGAAGAAGUUACACAGAUGGCUGGAAUCCAGCCACUGUCCUCCUUGGCUGCAUCAAGGUUUAUGCUGUUAUAUAGCUCACUGAACUCCAGCUGUUGACAAAGUAAUUUAAAAUAAUAUAUUUAAGUAAUAUUAUCUGCUCUGUUGUAAGAGCGCUGUACAUACUUUGUUUUAUUAUUAUGGUUUUUGGGAUGUCAGGUUUUCAAUUUGUAAAGUAAAAGAACUGAAGUCUGUGUUUUGUUUCAGUUUUGUUGUUUUAUAUGUAAUUAUACUGACUUCACCCACUUUUAGUCUGUUGUUUUAAUAAAGUUGAAAAUCUCUAAGUUGUUUUACCAAUAAAAACAAAAGAUUAUUUUUAAAGUCUGUCACAUUUCUUUGGAUUUUGCUUUUUUACGCAUUCAGAAAGAAAGAAAAACUCCAAACAGAUUUGAACACAAAAUCCUAUUUUUACCACAGACAAGGGUUAGAAAAGGUUUUGUUGAUCACCAAAAACUUUGAUUGCACCGUGGGAAGAUUUUUAAUCCUCUGACUCAGGGGUGUCAAACUCAUUUUAGCUCAGGGGCCACAUUGAGGGAAAUCUAGUCCCAAGUGGGCCGGACCGGUAAAUUAAAAACAACUUCAGAUUGUUUUCUUUGUUUUAAUACAAUCAAUAUAAAACAAGGCUGGAGCCUGAGGACAGUGUAUCCAAAAUAGUACAAGUACGACACCUGAAGUGUACUUGAAAAUUUGGAAAAAAAAAAUCAAUCAAUAAAAAACAUUCCUUAGUGAUUCAAAGAGCUUACAGAUCACGUGGCUAGAUCAGUUUCAUGCAGCACUUAAAGUAUAUUCGAUUCAUUUUACUUUACAUCUUUUAGCUUUCACCAGCACAUCAAUAUCAGAAGUCACAUCCUGAUGGGCGGUCAACUUCAGGAUGUGAUUCAAGUUCUUGUGUGAGCCUUAAGCGCAGCUUCGUUUUAUUUAUACUCACUACAGAGAAAACUUGCUCACAAAGAUAAGUUUAUUUUCACUCUACAUUUUAAAGUAUGAAAAUAAAGUUUACACAACCAUCUCGCGGGCCGGAUUUAACCCGUUUGCGGGCCAGAUCCGACCCGCGGGCCGUAUGUUUGACACCCCUGCUCUGACUUAAACAAAUAAGUUAAAAUGAUAUCCAGCCACAUCAGUCAUGGGGGCCAUUCAUGGACACUUCUCAUUCUGAUAAAAUCAUCCCAAUUUAGGCUGUCCCCAAGGCUGUGUGUUAUCUCCCUGUUAUUUAUCCUGUUUACAGACAACUGUACUAGUGCCCACCCUGGUAAGUACCAGUUUGCUGGUCAACCUCCUCCAGAACAGUGAGUACCAACACCGAC